AUGAGUAGCACAACUUUCCGAGAGUCCGACCGGGAACCAGAGGAGAACGUGGGCCACCAGAACCAGAACCCCCAGCCCCAGACCAGAUCUGUGCCUGCAUACACACAAACGCACACACACUUGCAAGAGAAAUGUUGGAGUCGUGAGGAAACAUCUUGGAAUGUUCCUCUAAUCAUCACAACAGAAGAAGAAGACAAAGAAGAAAGGUUCCACCCCACCCCCAACUCCAUCAUGCCCAUUCUCAAGAAUCUUCCGGUGCGCCUGAAGGGCGGCGGCCCCACUUUGGACAACGCCUUGUUCAUUCGCAGAAUGAGCCUCAACAUCAACCCCCGCCACCACACCCCCUUCGACCACGAUGAUGACGACGACAGUCGCGGCGACCGAUCCUGGUCCCCGGCCGGAUCUUUCCUAGAUGGCCAUGUUCCCGGUGAUCGCAAUCCCUUUGAAGACGAGGAGGAUGAGAACGAGGCCAACGAGGGCAAGAAAGUCAAAAGGGGAGCAGGCGGCUCGGGGAAGGGAUCCUUCAUCAAGUCGCCCCUGAAGAGUUUGGGGAAGCUGGGGAAGAAUUUGAGAUUGUCGGGGCGAGGGAAGGACAGCACGCCGUCACCGCAGGGGACACCGUCACCAGCGGACAAGAAGAAGAGAGGUCGCAGGAGCUCAGAAGGAAGUCUACUCAGGUUUGCCGGUAAAUAUCGCGACACCCUAAGCUUCCGCAAAGAGACUUUCGCCAACGGUGAUGUGAAUUGUUCUGAGAGUGAGGUCGACUCAUCCAGCCGCCGCCUGUCCUUCAUGAAGAUGGUCGGCCUAGGCAAGACCAAGCGAGAGCCUGGGGCCGACCCCUCCUUGCAGGGACCCGAGGACCAGCCGAUGCACAAGGAGUUCGAGGUUGAAAUCAAACCCAGGGAGCCACUGUCAGUGCUGGAGAUCCUUCAGCUGGUGAAGAAGCGCGACCUCCUCCUGGCCGACACACACAUCCUGGAGCUGGAGCAGGAGUGCAACGGGUCCGAAGGUGGCACAUCCCCUGAGGAGGCUGGCAGCCCGGCUGUGGGCGUGAAGGACGGCCGGCGGCGAAAGGCCAAAGAUGUGGAGCUGCUGUACGAGGAGCUGCAAAAAGAGCUGUGGGCGGUGGUCCGGGAGUCACUGCGCUCACCCACUGCCGGGCCUAACCUAGGCCUGGUGGUUCAGGUGCUGCAACAGGAGGAGCUGGUAGAUGUGGACUGGAUGUCGCCGGGCGGGCCCAGACCGAGGCAGUUGAAGCGACGUUGGAGGGAGGCGGUGGAGGACGCGGCCGAUGGAUCGCUGCCUCAGAAAGCCGAGUUCAUGGCUGGGGAGCUGGCCGGCUUCCUGGACCGCAUCCGGACUCGCGUGGUGGAUGACCUGGUUGCUGCUAAGAGGAAUGUGGUCAACAUCUACCCCGAGGAGUACCAGGCCCUACAGGUGUACAUGAAAAGUUACCACCAGGCGGUUGCGAGGCGACUUCAGGCCAUCACGGAGCAACAGCUGCAGAUCACCGACAUUUACUCACUGCUAGACUGGUUACACAACAUAUACAACAGGGAUGUUUUGGCUAAAGUAUGCGUGUCGGACCCUUUGAGAGACUCUCAGCUGGGACCUCUGCUUCCUUCAGAUGUUGUGGACAGGCUGGAACAAGACUGCCUCAACUGUGUCAGGGCGAAAGUGACCACCGAGUUGAGUCAAGUACUGGAUGAAGAGGAGAAGAGGUGGACGGAGACACUGCAUGUAGAAGAGUACCACAUCCCUCUGGCAAAAACCAUCAUACAGAGGCUGCAAGUUGAUCUGGAACGUUCCGCCUCUAUUAACAGAAGUUUAGGCUCAAGAGUGGCUCAGUGCAGCCUCAAUGGCCUGGCCGACUUCCUCUACAGUUUCCAGCGUAAAGUGGAGAUGUUUCACGAGGGAAUGCAAAUUGGAAUGUUUGGAGAGCACGAGGACGGCUAUGUGUCCAAAACCGUGGCGCUGGUCAACUGCUGCCCGCCUUUCAGAGGUUUCGUUCAGCGUUGUAUUCCGCGCGAGACAAUGACAACGGCGAGCGAUGAUUCGCUGCGACGCGCCAACAGAGCGCUUGACCACAUCGUCCAGCAGGGGGUGCGAGUACUCUCCGAGCGCCUCUUCCUCCACAUCAGGCCGUUCUUCGAGCGCUUGGUGAAGAGAAAGUGGCUGAGCAACACGGAGGCGUACGAACAAAUCGAAACGACCAUCAAGGAACAUUUUAAAAAAUAUCAUAGGAUGGAUGACCCUCCCUACCAGCUGCUGGUGGCAGAGAUUCACCGCCGUGUCCUGAUGGAGUACCUUCGCUCUGUGAUGCGAGGGCGAAUCAUCUGCACGUCGCUGAAGAUGAGGAAGAGGAUGGCUGGACGCCUCCGAGAUGAAGGACGGCAGAUCAAAGUGCUCUUCAAAGACCUAGAGUCUCCGUCAAGCUGGUUGGAUGGAGCUCUGUCUCACAUAUCAGAGCUCAUCCAACUAGAGGACGUUCCCUCAAUCCAGAUGGAGGUUGGCGUUCUGGUCCGAGAAUUUCCAGACGUCAGGAAGAAGCACGUGUCAGCCAUUUUGAACAUCCGCGGCAUGACGCGGCAACGUGAGCGCCAGGAAAUCCUCAACAUCGUCAAGGACAUAGAGAGCGGCGCGGGGGCGAGUGAUGGCAGCAUGGGGACACUGGGUGGUGCUGCAGGUGGCGGAGGUCCGGCCCGCAUCACCCGGGACCAUGCCCUCUUCUCCGAGGUCCCCGUGACUUCUGAGGUUCACUGCCUGAACGUGGGCCUGAGCCGUGUGGCCCUCACCGCCUCCUCCUGUUACGCUGCACUGCGACCCCGGGGACGAAAGGCUCGGACGCCGAUGCACGACAACACGGAUGACGUCCUCUGAGGGGGAGGAGAGAUCGCUUGAGAAUCUCUUGCAGAUUUCAAACAACUACUUCAACACAGUCUAUUGGUUUUGAUGCAUUUUCACCAGUUUUGAAAUCAAAUGUUUCUUCUUCAAUUUCAAAACCUUCUGUUUCUAUUCAGACCACCUUGAUGCUAAACUAAGAUAAAAUCAAUUAAGUUAAGAUAAGCUUACCCUUUCCAAAAGAUGUUAAAACACACUGCACCUGCUUCAACAGAGUGACUGCCCCCCAUCCCAAAAAAGCAAAUGUAUGAGGUUUAUAACUGGAUGGAUGGGUGGAUGAAUGGAGGAGCCACAUCAAACGAAGGUUAACGGAUGGAUGCAUCGAUGAAUGAUAGAUAGAUGGGUGAUUAUCACAUCAAAGAAAGAACGGCAAAUGUGUAUGGAUGGAUGGAUCGAUUCUUGGUGCCAAGAUCAAUGGAUGAUGACACAUUAAAGUUGGAUGGGUGGAGACAUCUAAAAUGAAUUGAGACAAGAUGGAUGGAUGGUGAUAUAUGAUCAAUGGAUGAAGACAUCUAAGACAGAUUAAUGGCUGUAAAUAUAGAUGGACCACAUCAAAGAGAGGGUGGGGAGAUUGAGAUGGCUGGAACACAUUCAAAAUGGAUGGAUGAUUGUUGGAUGGAUGAACCAUAUAAAAGAGAGCUAGUGUGCUAAUGCUAUGCAAAUUUACACAAUUGUAAGGAAUAUUUGGUUCCUAAUGUCUUAAAAGAGGAUAUUUUGGGGAAACUUUGACCAAAUUUUUGAGGCAUUCAUUUUUUUUUACCAAUAUUCCCAAUUUACCUGAGAGCAUUUUCAGUCAGUCCUUCUUUUUCUUCUUUCUCUUCUCACUUAUAUUGUGGCACAUGAAAAAUGCAUAGAAAUACAGUAUGAAUCAUGGUACUAGAUGACAUUAUAUUGAUUGUAUUAAAACGAGGAGCGAAGGCAAUGUGGAACAAAAAGAUAUGUUGCGGUGAUUAAUUAUGAUCAUUGAGAUAUACAGUAGUGCAAAAGAAAAAACUCCACAAAAAGCAAAUAAUUAACUGACAUUCUACUGAUGACCUUUUAAUGUACAUUCGGAUUUGUUUUGAAGGAAUUCAAAGAUCAACGGUGAGAAAUAAGACUGUAAACUCACACGUAAUUUAUUAGUAGUGAACGACACUGAUUAUCAUUGCCAUUGAUGAACGUUCUGCUGAAGAAGUACUCUAUCUGCCCACCAUUUGACACUUUUUUCAGGAUAAAAGACAAAUGAAAGUUUA